AGAAUGCUGAAGCGGCUAAGAAGAUGGCUGAACUAUCACAACGACGCCCUGAUCGCUCUUACACCACUGCUGCUGCUUCCUCUUCCUCUUGUCAUUGGGACAAAGGAGGCAGAAUGUGCCUUUGUUAUGCUGCUGAUGGUGACGUUCUAGGUGACAGAGGUAAUUCAUCUGUCUAUGACUAUGGCCAUGCUCCCCGUCAUGUUUGGCAUCAUGAAGUCCUCAGAUGUGGUGAAUGAGUACUUUAAAGACUUCCACUUCUUGCUGAGGCUCGUCACCAUGGUGGGAGUCAACCCUACAUGUGUUCAUCUUAUGAGCAGAAAGCAUCCAGAUGUUCGUCAAGAGACCUUAAGCUGUGUUCAGAUACAGACAGCAUCACAGCCCGCUGCACAUCAGGCUGCUGGAUGUCAGCCUGCAGCUCCCAGCAGGAGUAAACAGGACCUGAUGAUUUGUAAAACAAUGUGCAUCAGCGUUGCCUACUCCUCCAUCAUAGGAGGCAUCAGCACGCUGCCCGGCACGUCGCCCAACCUCAUCUUCUCUGAGUACCUCAACCAGAUUUACCCAAACUGCAACUGCAUUAACCUCGGGAACUGGCUGCUGUUGUGCCUGCCCAUUAGUGUUAUCAUGCUGCUGCUGACACGGAUAUGGCUCUACUCCUUCAUCGGCUCAGACUUCAUGUUCCUGUGGCGAUGUGGAGGAGAGCAGUCUGAGAGAGAGAAAGCCACAAAAGAAGUGAUAGAAGAUGAGUACAGGUUGCAGGAACCCAUGAGUUCUCAGGAGCUCUUCACUGGGGUGGUUUUCCUGGUGAUGGUGUUGUUGUGGUAAUGUAAUUGCUGGUGCCACUUGGUUCGGCCUAAUUCCUCUGUUCUUCUUCUGAACGCCACCGUGGCUCUGCUGAUGGGCCUCCUCUUCUUCAUCGUACCUGCCUAUGGACCCUCCAAAUAUGAGGCCAUGAUCUCCUAGUUCCAGGCCUCCAUGCCAUGCAAAGUGGCCCUGCUGGUUGGUGGAGGCUUCGCACGAGCUGAAGGGACAGAGGAUUCGGGCCUGUCUUUGUGGGUGGCCGAACUGCUGAUGCCUCUGGGUGAUCUGCCAGUCUUGGCCACGGUCAGAGUCUCCUGCAUAAUCGUCACCAUGGUAACAAAGGUGGCCAGCAAUGCCGCCACCAUCACCAGCUUCCUCCAGAUCCUCUCUCCUCUGGUAGAUUCAUAG